AUGUGGGAGGCUGAUGCUUUGGAGGUCACCAUGUACCAGAGCAAGCUGGGAACCGGCUUCAUAGUGUUGGGCAAGAUGCGGAGUCGUGUGAUAGAUUGGGAGCCGAUCGACGACCGAAUGUGUAGGUUGAGGAUUAAAGGCCGUUUCUUCAACUAUCUCAUCUUCAACGUACAUUGCCCACACGAGGAAUCAUCCGAUGCCGUGAAGGAAACGUUCUACGCGAAGCUGGAGCAGAAGUUCGGCAGCUGCCUGCAGAGGGACGUCAAGAUCGUCAUCGGAGAUAUGAACGCCCGCAUAGGAAGGGAGGAGAUGUACAAGCCGGUGAUAGGGCCGAACAGCCUGCACACCGUCACGAACGACAACGACCAGCGCUGCAUCUACUUCGCAGCCUCCCGCGAUUAG